ACAGAGCCUUCGGUCCUGUGGGCCGGCCGGAGUCCCGCACCCUUUCUAAGGCCUGUGUUGUGGGUCCGCGCGGCCAGCACGCAUUGCAUCGCGGUUUUCCUGUGGGGAAGGUAGCCGUCCAUGCCUGGGUGUAGACACCGGUGGCUGUCAAGCAGGCGAUUGCCAAUGCAGAUCCUUAGAGGACGUAGUUUAUUAAUCAGAAGAACACAAGAUCUGGAGAUUUGUAAAUUUAAAUUAUCUGUUUUGUCCAGAAUUCUUGAAGUCAUCUGCACCGUCUGCCUGGGAAAAGAUGGUCAACGUGCUGAAAGGGGUGCUUAUAGAAUGUGAUCCUGCCAUGAAGCAGUUCUUGCUGUACUUGGAUGAGUCCAAUGCCUUGGGGAAGAAGUUCAUCAUUCAAGACAUUGAUGACACACAUGUCUUUGUCAUUGCGGAACUGGUUAAUGUCCUCCAGGAGCGAGUAGGGGAGCUGAUGGACCAGAAUGCCUUUUCUCUUACCCAGAAGUGAGAGUGCUAGUGUUGAGCACUUGGGAAUCCCAACCACAGACACUUGAGAGAGGCCAGCUCAGUGUCUCAUGGGGUUUUCACUUGUUACAAGCAUGUGGUGGGAAAGGCUGCAGGGUCAUUCAUUCAGAUGAAAGCCCCUAACUGAUUUGGUUGGACCAUUAAAAAAAAAAUCUGUUUACAGAAGAACUUUAGCAAAUGGCUACAAUUUGGCUUUUUAAGUGUUAUUUGUUUUUAAAAUGUAAUCAUAAUUGUGCUGGUGAGAUGACUCAGUUGCUAAAGGCCCUGCCACUAAGCCUGGCAGCCUGAAUGUCAUCCCAGGGGCCUACACACUGGAAGGGAGACCUCCGUGGGUAGCUACCUCCCACACAAAUAAGGAAAUAUAAGAAAAUGAAAUCAUGUUUUUUCCUACCUUCUUAAAACACCAAUUAAAUACACCAGAAAAAUAA